AUGGCUAUUGUCGCUGAGAAUCCCCCCGUGGUAGGAGACCUCUUCACACCCUCUUCACCCAAUGUUCAGGGCUAUCGCCAAAUGACAGGGCCAGUGCAGGCGGUUGCUCCUAUCUCCCGCCCUCCAAAAUCCUGGUUCGCACGCCCUUUACCUCUAGCAAAGGCGAAAACGCCAGAAGAGGAAUUCGAGGACUACAAGGCCGAUCCUCUUUUUCGAGAUGUAUUCGGGUAUCGCCCAGGACCAAAUGACAUUCAGGUUGUUGAAAUCUUCGAUAAGGUCGCACUAGUCGACUUCUUUCCCUCUUUCAAGAACGGAGCAUUCAAAGAUCUCUCUCUACAGAAUUGCGCCUUGACUUACUACCCCGAAUUGAAGGGAGAAAAGGAACCAGGUCUCUACUUUCAAACCGACUUAGUUCUGGGAGGAGUCCUCGAUGGCGCUUUGGAUUUCAUGAAGAUGUUCCUUGAUCAGUCGUACAUCGUCAUCCGGCUCAGCGCCUUCUUGGGCUUUGAGCUGAAGCCCACUGAGCCUUUGCAUUUCGACAAGAUUGUGAUGUCCGGCUGCCUCGCAGGUGUGAAGAUCUGCUACCCACCUAAAUUCGUUCUGCUGGAGAUCAUUUCCGCUGGCGUGCGGGUCACGUUUAUCAAUGAGGAUGAGAAGCCACAGAAGCGAAAGGCAGAAGAAGGCGACGCGAGUGAUCGACCGACGAAGCAGCGCACAAUGACAGGUGGUAAAGCAGUUCCGGCUCCUUCAAAGGCUGCCUCUCAGUCAUCUCAGGUACCACUGCCUGAGACAACCAGCCCAAAGUCGGAGAAGAGAAGAGGAAGAAAACAUAUAGAGCCCGAGCACGUUAAAAGGGGAAUGUAUGUGGAGCUCUUCGGUAGCCUGUUGCUCUUCGUUGGAGAGGGGUCCAUUGUUCCUCUUCAAUUGGAGUAUACUGCGAACUACACGGAAGAGAACAUCCACUUUGACAUGGUUUUAUCACGACACAAGACGUGGAAAGACUCUUUCGGCAUUGAGAAUCUUGAGUUGGCAGACAUCUUCAUUACGGCGGACGUGCCCACAAAGUCUGUCAACAAAGCGCAUAUGGACAAGGCCGCGCAAGCGGCUCUAGAUGAUGGAUGGGGGUGUCAUAUCGAAGCGACCUGGAGCUUUUCCAAGUUCCAUGUCACACUUGAAGGGGAGAUAUACGCCGCUACACAAACGCAGAAAUCCUCGUAUGUCGAGGCGAUACUGGAGGGGCUUACUUUCGAAGAUAUCAUAGCUGCGGCAAAUAAGCUGUGUGGGUACAAUGUCCAGCCCCCUAAACACGCGAUAGAGCUCGAAUCUCUUCGGCUCCGAGUAAGCAAAGGCGAAUUCGCAUUCUAUGGGCGUAUCAAAUAUGAUGGAUCUACCUUUGAUGCAAAGAUCCUGAUCAGUGGACAUGGUAUCUAUAUCUCGGGAACAGCCAUUGAGUGGAAAAUCCCUGGUUCAGAAUUUGUUCUCAAGAACGCCAGUUUGGAUUUGAGUUUUACCUGGCAAUCGAAGUUGAUCCCAGGGACAGAAGAACAGGCUGGUGAUACCUCCGAAACCGCUGCCGAGGGGGUUGAGACGCCAUCGGAAGGCACAGAUAGUGCAUCAAAGAAAAAGGUCAAGAAUAGUGGCGAUAGUACCAAAGCAGUCCCUGCUGGUGCUGGUAACAGCUCUGCUGAUGAGGCCAAGCGAAACGAAUCGCUAGCAGCUGUCCCAGCCAAAGAUGCAGCGACUAACACGACAGACACAGAAAUGCCUGCAACGGCAGGGGAGCCGCCCAAAACCGAAUUCUCAUGGGGCACGUUAUGCAAAGUAUCCGGCACGAUUGUCUUGCCAUACGGUCCCAAGGAAAACUCAGCCCCCGAUGCUGACUACAAGUUUAAGUUCGUUGUGACAGUCACCCUUGGAUGGCACAAUAAGCGAGGGUUCGAGAUCCUCGUGGCUGGCAAGGCACGCACGAGCGUCUCGCUGAGAGACAUUAUCGGGGAGGCAAUUGAACCCGGCAGUCUAUUAGAUGCUCAACUCUCGGAUCUGACCUUCCUGGGCACUAAUAUGGACAAUUGCUAUGUUCCCCGUGAGAUCUCGACGUUUCCCGCCAAGAAAGGCUUCUUCCUUUGUGCGACGCUCGACCGAGUUCCUUUGGUAGAAGACAAGAAAGGUGGCGGUAAACUCCUACACAAGAGCACAGUCACCGAUCGAGCAUACUUGAGAAUCGGAUACCAGAAAGGAGACAAAAUUCCUAAAGUCACCAUUUUCCUGCCGCCUUCUUUCAAGAUUCAUUUUGGUGAGCGCUUUUACACUGGUGCCAUAUACCUUGAAUUAGAUGCUUCGAAAAACCCGAUCUGUCAAUUCUAUGGGGAGCUUUACAUGCGCAUGGAGGAAGACGCGAAGCAUCCCGUUAAAUUCACGCUCGGCAUUGGCGCAGAUCAUGUCCGUGGCUCCUUGCAAUUUUUGGAAAACGUGAUCUUUAAUGACGGUGGGAAACACAGAUCAAUGGACGCCAAAGAUGGAUUGAAGGGUCCGCUGGGACUCAGCGACCGCAUCGUUAUUUACAACCUCAAAGGGUCCGUGGAGGCUGAAUGGGAGAUGCUCCUCUCAUCGGGGACUCUGAGUAGUUUCGGAAUUGGAGGCCAAUUCGCUAUUGACACGGAUCGAUACACAUGUGAGAUGCGUCUGGGUAUCAAUCCUGAACAGACCCUGGUCAACAUCAAGGCACGCGAGUUAGGGUUCCGUCAGAUAGCCAACUUCGUCUCCGCCCUCGCAGAGGAAGAUUUCCCUAUUCCGGAUAUCAACAUAAUCCAAGUACACGAUGUUGAUAUCUACGCUAGUCGCGGAUGCACCUGGAUUGACACUUUUUACCCCAAGGGAUUCAGAAUCAAAGGCAGAAUCAAGCUCUGGGAUUUUGAGGCGUCUAUGGAUGCCGAGGUGUCUGCGAUAGGUCUGCACAUGCUCACCAAGAUCAAAGGAUUCCAGAUCGGGCCUUUAAGAGUGAGCGGAGCUCAUGAGAACGAGCCUGACGCCGAGCUAGAACUGACUCUGAAUCCUAUCAUACAAUCCCUCCGCGUUACGGGCCGAAUCGACAUUUUCAACGUAUCAUGUGUCUGCUGGAUACAUUGCCAAUUCAUGCCUGAUCCGAUCUUCGAGAUGGACCUCGAGCUCGUGUGGUCAGCCGGAUUACGGAUCAAGGUUCAUGCUCAGAUGCACCACAUAGCUCUCGAAUCCGACAAAGCAGCUUUGUCAAGACGGCACAGCAUCCAGCGUCAUCCUUCAGCAGCGGAUUGGGAAUUAUACGCUUGUAUGGAGCAGUCCAUUAUUGCCCAGGUCAAACAGGGCAUUAUGAGCGCAAUUGAUAAUACCCACAAAGCAUUGGAGGCAGGCAUUGGCGCAGCACAGGACGCGGUGCGGCGUGAGCAGGAGGCAUAUGAUCGACGAUGUCGCGAAGCUGAGGCCGCUCUGCAGGCUAAGUAUCAAGAGCAACAGGACGAGAUUGAUAAGCUCAAUGAAGAGAUAGCUGCGGCAAAGGACAAUCUAGAAGAAGUCAAGCGGUCUAAUCAAGUCCGCAUCGAGGGGGAAAAUCAAAAACGCAGCUCCAUUCGAGCGCAAAGCGAGAAGGACCGCGCAGCAAGACUGGAACCUAUGAGCGCCGCUCGUCGUCGCGCCGAAGAAGAAAGAGAUCAGCUUGAGCGUGACAAGCCACAUCAAAUUCAGCAGGCCCAGCGAAGGCGCGACGAAUCGCGCGGGUCAUUCUUUGGACGGUUUGGAGAUGCUCAUGGAGCGCUCCAGGCCGCAAUCAGGGACGUGGAGAACGCGCAAAGAGAAGUGGACCGUCUGGAUUGGGAAGCAAACAGUUUAGAGCACCGAAUCAGUGAUUCGUGGUGGCGGGUUGAUCUUGAAGUUGAAUACGUUGCCAUUCGUAAUGCCCAGGCAUUCGCAACAGCUGGGCUCCUCGUCUACAAGGGUGUCCUGUGCGGAGCUCGGGAUAUUAUUGACUCGCAGCUCUUUCGCGAACUAAAAGAGGCCAUGGAAUCGGCAGAACAAUACCUGAGCACAAUCGGAGAUCAAAUCCAAUCUGCUUUGGAGACUGCUGGCCGAAUUGUAAGCAGGAGCUUGAGUGAACUGGAGCAAGCAAUCCGAGACGAGGACUUCUCUUUCAAUUCCAUCAUGCAGCGAGCUAACAACAUCGUCGCUAACGCCGAGGAGGAGUGCCAACGAUUCGCACGUGAAGCAGAAGCUCGGUCGAAGGUCCUGGACAAGCAGAAAGAGAAGAUGCUCUUAGAAUUUGGUCAGGUGGGCACUGUUGCACUGCGCGAAGCGGUCGAAUUCGCCCGCAAAAACAACAUUGCCCUGAUUGCAGCGCAGAAGGUGCUGGAGGGAAUCAGUGCAUUGGAGAAAGCAGCAUAUGAGGCAAUCCGGGGAUUCGUGGGGGCUGUCAUGGAUGCGAUGAUUGAUAUUCAAAAGGUGGAGUUCAAGGGUAUGAUAACCGCAAAGAAGUCAAACCAGCAGGCAUUCGAGCUCACAGUGAAGGGUCGCUUGGGAGAGUCCGACUUUGAGUUCACAGAGAAAUGGAUGCCCGGCAAGACGUCUGUCUUUCUGGCAAAGAUCGGUCUGCGUGCAGUUGCUAGCAUUACUGGGACGGACAUGGACAAGGAGAUACAGGCUUUGGAUGAGGAGUCGAUGAAGCUUGAUUAG